AGUAUAUGUAACAUAUCGUCAUCAUUGACACGUAUAUUCACGCUUAAUCUUUGUCGAAGCUCUGCACGGAAUGCUAUGUAGAAGUAUCAAAACAAAUAUAUAAAGAUGCUCUGUGGAAGAACAUUUAAUUCAUUAAUACUAUUUAGUUUAAGGCACAAUUUAGAAUAUGGUGUCCAAUUUUAUAGUGUGUUUCCUCCAAAUUUUGUAGAACCAAUUUAUAAGAAAGAUGAGCAAGAAGUAAUAUUUAAAGAAACAGCAGAUAAAAAAUUUGCUCAUGUACCAAUAAAACCAGCUUAUACUUCUGCGACAUGUUCUGAAUUUCAUGAUAAACUGGUUAGAAAAUUCACAAAUUAUAUUAUGAGAGAAGGUAAAAAACAGUUGGCCAGAAGAUUAUUAGAUGAAACUUUUGAAAAUAUUAAGAUAAUAAAAUUGAACGAAUAUUACAAUAGCCCACCUGAAUAUAGAGAAAAUAUCAUAUUGGACCCAAAAAUAAUUUUCUAUCAAGCUGUAGAAAAUUGUACACCUGUUUUAGAGCUACGGAAAAUAUUAAGAGGUGGAAUAACUUAUCAGGUUCCUGUACCAAUGAAUGCAAAUAGAGCUCAAUUUUUAUCUAUGAAUUGGCUAAUUCGAAGUGCACAAGACAAGGGGAAUGCCGAAAAACUUCCUGAUGUAUUGGCGAGAGAGAUUAUUGAUGCUGCGAACAAUAAAGGACGAGUUAUUAAAAAGAAACAUGAUUUACAUAAGCAAUGUGAAGCAAAUCGAGCUUAUGCACAUUAUAGGUGGUUGUAGAAAAAAGGAUAAAAAUAAAUUUGUUUUUUGUUUGUA